AUGGCCGAACAGAUUGCCAGAGAUGCCAACCAGGCGUUUGGCGUGCUAAAGACGCUUUCCAACGAGCAGAGAUCGUCAGCUUUGCACCAGAUUCACGACGCUUUGAAAGCAGCCAAGCUGGAAAUCUUGAAGGCCAACGAGCAAGAUAUGACUGCUGCUGAAGAGAACCAAUUGGCGGCCUCUUUGAUCAAAAGAUUGGAUUUGGCUAAGAAUGACAAGUACGAGACAAUGUUGCAAGGGAUUCUCGAUGUGGCUGCGUUGCCUGACCCCGUGGGUAAAGUGACCAUGGCGAAGAAGAUUGACGAGGGGCUCGAGCUCCACAGAGUCACGGCGCCUCUCGGUGUCUUGCUUAUCAUUUUCGAAAGUAGACCCGAGGUGAUUGCCAACAUCUCGGCAUUGGCUAUCAAGUCGGGCAAUUGCGCCAUUUUGAAAGGCGGUAAGGAAUCGUAUCAGACUUUCAAGGCUAUCAGUGAUGUGGUGAACAAGACGUUGGAGAAGACGCCAGUUCCUCCGCAUGCGAUCCAGCUUAUUCAGUCCAGAGAGGAGGUGGGCGACUUAUUGGCCCAAGACAAAUACAUUGACUUGGUGAUCCCCAGAGGAUCAAAUGCGUUGGUGAGAAACAUCAAGGAGAACACCAAGAUUCCUGUUUUGGGGCAUGCGGAUGGAAUCUGCUCUAUCUACCUUGAUAAGGACGCCGAUUUGACCAUGGCUGCUCGUAUUGCUGUGGACUCCAAGACAAACUACCCUGCCGGUUGCAAUGCUGUAGAGCAGUUGUUAGUGCACCAAGACAUUGUUGCUGACAAGGAGAAGUUGAACAAGGUCUUGGGUGCCCUUGCUGCGGCCGAAGUUACUCUUCAUGUCGUUCCAGAGAUCAAGGCUCAGAUCGAGAAUAUUGACUCGCAGUUCAUCAAGGAUGCCGCUCCUGAUGCGUUUGACACCGAGUUCUUGUCUUUUGAUAUUGCUGUCAAGCCUGUGCUGGAUGUCAACGACGCCAUUGCUCACAUCAACGAACACUCGUCGAAGCACACAGACUGUGUCAUUACAGAGAAAAAGGAAGUGGCCGAAACGUUUUUGAAGGGAGUCGAUUCAGCCGGUGUAUACUGGAACUGUUCCACCAGGUUUGCUGAUGGUUUCAGAUACGGUUUUGGCACAGAGGUUGGAAUAUCCACGAAUAAGAUCCAUGCUAGGGGUCCUGUUGGCUUGGAAGGCUUGAUGAGUUACCAAUAUCAAUUAAGAGGUCACGGGCACAUUGCCUCUGAGUAUGUCGGUGCUGGUGGCACCAAGACAUUCGUGCACAAGGAUAUUGAGUACUAA